AUUUUCAAAGAGAAAAUGGUACUCAUUCAUUUCAAAAAGACAGACAAGAAUCAGUUCCUUUAUGAGUCAACUGUAAAGACUAAGGUUGAUGACUUGAUCCACGAACUUGUAGAGCUUAAUAACAUGAGGCUCAAAGUGGACAGAUUGGCUGUUUCAAUGGAGGAAUUGGCUACUAAGGGACCCCAGAGGCCAGAGGAACUCAGAGGUCUCGAGCAUCUUGACGAAUAUGUCAAGUCAGAAGACCUUACUGUCAUCAAUGGGUUGAAGAAAAUGCCUCCCCAGACUGGAACAAGAGAGGUCAUUGAUGAAACCCAUUAUAGAACUGGAUGGAUCCUUGACGAGGAGAUGGUAGAAGAGAUGCUUGAAGGAGUAAGAAAAGCUAAAUCUGUCAUCCACAUUGAUAACAUUGCCAAGAAAAAGCCCAUUGCUAUGGAAGAGCUUAACGAACUCGUUGAUUGGUUCAGAGGAAUGACUAUGAAAGCAUAUCCAGCAUUCCAUGGAUUGGGAGAAUGGGAACCAGUCCUUGUUUUACUCGAGAAUAAAGAGGAAAUCGAUCAUACUCUACAUGGCACUGAUGAUAUGGAGGAAGAGAAAGCUCAGAUAUGGUGGGCAGGAAAAGAACUAGCAAGAGGAAAACUCCUUCAAGAUUAUGUCGGGAAGAACGACAAAUCAAAAAUCAUUGUGAAGAUGCAACAUAAGGGAUCUGGAGCUCCCGUAAGAGAACCUCUAAUUGAUGAGGAGUCUCACAAGAAAAUGCUCUCAUUUUUCCACAAAAAGCAGGAGGAACAGAAGAAGCUUGAGGAGGAUGAUGAAGACAGCUACAUGAACUCAGCCUGGGCAAAUCCAAAGCAGCUGAAGGAUCAAUUGCACGGAAUGUCUGACAUUAAAUUCAGACCAGGAGGUAAAUUCUAAUCUGUCAGAAGAAUGGUUCAUCUCUGAU